GUACUUAUGUAAAUGUGCUUAUCUUGUUUUUAUUUAAUAAAUUUGCAAAAAUGGCAUCUGCUUUUGCUUUGUCAUGGGUUAUUGUGUGUAGAUUGAGGGGGAGAACCUAUUGAAUCCAUUUUAGAAUAAGGCUGAAACGAAAAAUUUAAGGGGUCUGAACUUUGCGAAUGCAUUGUAGUUCGCCACGCUGAUAAAGACUUUUUUUAGCUGCAAAGCAUCUGUGUUUUUAGUAAUAACAAAAUAUAUAUUAUUGCUAUGCAUACGCUUUAAAGUCUAAUUUAUCCACCAAAGAAGUACUCCUUCUGUGUCUACCUCCUAGCCUAGUUGUAUUUCCCAUGCAUGUUUUAUUACGUACAUAGCUACAAAAGGGCUAUUAACCCAACUUCCAAACACCGAUUUAUAGUGUUCAUCAUCUUUUUACCAAGUUCCCAUGGUGACCAAGUGUCUACAGUAUCUCUGAUCAGCUAACAUUUUACAUCAUCUAGCAUUAAUGAACAAUACUUGUGUAACCAUGGGUUACUUCUACGUGAUGGCGUUCUUUUGGGAAAACAAAAUAGCUGUCUGACUGCAAAGAAUUCCUCAGACUGAUGAAAGGGAACUGUCAUUUUGAUCGUUCAUGCAAAGUUGCCUGCGAAAGGUUCUACAUGUGCUUCUGCUGUGAGGUUGGCGUAGCUUUGCCCUGUGGUAUUUCUGCUAAUCUGCUUCAGCACGCUCAGUGAAUACAGAGGGGAGAGGGGGUCUAAGCCCAAAAUAAAACCUUUUUAGUUCGAUGCGGUGAUAGAACUAUUUCACGUUCUCUUUGGAAGGGCGGGAAUAGAGGGCUGUCUGAAACCAUUAAGUACGCCUCGUUGGACUUUUGAUGAUAGUUUGGCAGCCUCUGCCGCAUAUUCGGCACGGUGCAAAUGAAGCACGCCUCUGUUUCAUGCAGCAUGCCAGAGCGAGCAGUUCUUCCACUGUCGGGAGAAAUGCUAAUGCAUAUUAAUAUUAAUUGCAUGUAAAUAAAGAUUGCUUAGCUACAAACACAACAGCGGAAGCACAUUCAUGAUCUCUGAUUCGCAGGUGGAGGACUUCUGUGAGAGCUUAUUGUUAUGCCUUAAAACCUUUGCCCCCCCAACCAACGAGGAAGUCUGCUGUAGUGUUGCCAGCCCGCUCUUCAUUUCCAUUCAGUUCGACUCGCCAUAAGUUCAGGGUCUGAACUGUGCAUUACGUACACAAAGCCAAAGCUUAUUGGAGCAUCCCUGCAAUGAAAUCCCACAAGAUUGUAAAACAGAAAUUCUGGGACUUACCAGACACAAUUGACUGCUCCAUCCCUCAAGCUACAGAAGCAAUCACACCUGAGGAGAGGGAGGAGCUGAAGGUUUCAGUCAAACUAUUUAUUUGCGAGGCAGACCUCUCUUCAAUCAAAGAUGCAGUAGAUAAGGCUUGCCAGGCCCUGGCUGUUUCCCAGCUGGACUCAGUGAUCAUUGCGCCCCCUGCUCUGCCUGAGGAAGUGAGCCAGACCCUGGACAACCUGCAGCCUGCCUGGAGUGAACUGGAGGGUCUGGUGCAAAGCCACAAGAUCGCUACCAUCGGCACCUCCGACCUGGACAAGGAGCUCCUGGAGCAGCUCUACAACUGGGCCCAGGUGAAACCCAGUAGUAACCAGGUGAAUCUGGCCUCCUGCUGUGUGAUGCCCCCUGACCUGACUGCUUUUGCAAAGAAGUUUGACAUUCAGCUACUGACUCAUAAUGACCCAAAAGAACUGAUUACUGCUGCCAGCUUCCAGGAGGCAGUGCAGGAGAGCACUCAGGACCUGAAGGUGGCAGACUGGAGGUUGGAGUGGGUUUUGCGUUACUCCAUCAUAGUCAAAAGCAGGGGGAUCAUCAAAGCAAAAGGCUACCUUGUUCACGCAAAGAGAAGCAGCCUGUAGCAUGUCCUCUGAAAACCGGUUGUUCAGAUGUUAUUCAUGACCAAUGCAUUCAUAGUAAUGAAACCACUUACCCUUUUGCAUUGCAGUGGAAGCUGUGUUUUAAAGACUGAUAGGUAGCUAAACUUUUAUCCAACAUGGUUUCAAAGUGGAUUUUUCUCAUUUUCUCCCCGCAUCUACUUUAUUUUGCUGUAUUAAGGAUUAUGGGGUAUUAUGAAAAAAUGAUGCAUUGGUACCACAGAAUUAGUAUUUUAGUACAAUGACAGAAUUAUUCAAAAGCAGUUGAAAGGGGAAACACAGCCUCUAACCCACUAUGGAAAUGUCCUAUGAUAUUUUUACAUUGUAAAUUUGGAUCUGUUGUUAAAGCUUGAGUCAUAUGUAAAGUCCUAGUGCUCUCUGACGUGUAUGAGCAGCUUCUACUGUAUAAUACUGGCACCCUCUAUUGGCAAUGGGGGGGGGGGGGAAUUAAGGCCUAAUUCCAAUUGACAUUUAUGGUUGGUUCAGAAACUAUUUUUGAUUGUGUACACAUUUUAUUUGAAACAAAUCUAGUAAUACUUUAUGGAUGUUAGUAUUGUCAUGUCAAACAUUUUAAUAUAUGUUUAAAGCCCUGUACUUACUGAGAAUAGACUAGGACAGUGGUUCCCAAACUGUGGGGUGCGCCUCCUAGGGUUUAAAUUAGUAGGCUCAACACCUUUUAUUGUGUACAUAAUAGCACUGAAAAAUUCCAGAUUGGCAUGGAAAAUGAAUUACAAGCUCUGAAGUGUCUGGAUUGAUAAUGCCUUAUUCAUCAUUGGCUUUUCUUCCAGACAUUGUCCAAAAAGUUUGAUUUCUCUCUUGUACUGUAAUUAAAAUGUUGCUAUUUUCUGUAUAUCAUGUCCUAGAAUUGGGUUUAUUAAAUGAUGAAAGACUA